AUGGGACUUCGUCAAUUUCUUUUCGAAAAUGAGGCUGUAGAAGGAAUAAAUUCAGCAUCAGAUUACUUAUACAUAAAAGUACUGCGAUUCAUGCUACUUAUCGUUAAUUCUUGGCCUCGGAAAGAAAUUGGAGAGCCCGAGUCGCCAAAGUUCUCAGCAUUUGUGAAAUAUUUCUAUCUUGUUGUGACUGUUUUGGCUUCUGCUGGAUUCAUUUUAUAUAUCGUUAAGCACAAUAGUGAACUAACAUUUUUGGAGACUGGUCAUAUGUAUAUUGUUCUGCUUAUGAGUUUCAUUGAUGUGUCCAGAGUUACUACGCUAACUAUGUCUACAACUUAUCGAGAGGUGGCCAGAGACUUUCUCACUAAAAUCCAUUUGUUCUACUACAAAGACCGGUCUAAGCAAGCCAUGGAGACUCACCGUGCUGUCCACAAGAUAGCCCAUCUCUUCACAUUAUGGCUUGUAAGUCAGAUGUUGUCUGGAUUAAGUCUGUUCAACCUUAUUCCGAUGUACAGUAACUAUGCCGCCGGCAGGUUUUCAGGAGAAGUUUCGAAAAAUUCUACCUUUGAACAUUCGAUGUACUAUCCGUACCCUUUCGAUACUUCUACUGAUAUUCGCGGAUAUUGUAUUGCGUGUAUUACACAUUGGAUAAUAUCAUACUUGUGUUCAACGUGGUUCUGCAUGUUCGAUCUUUUUCUCUCACUCAUGGUUUUUCAUCUUUGGGGACAUUUCAAAAUACUCAACUAUACAUUGAAUGACUUUCCAAGACCAAGUUCAAAAGUGGAGGCAGCUAAAUACUCUGACGAAGAAUUGGUUGAAGUGGCUGCUAGGUUAAAGGAUUGUAUUCUUUAUCAUCGUGAGAUAAUUCUUUUUACAGACAGAAUGUCAAAUGUAUUUGGACCAAUGUUGUUCUUAUAUUACAUGUUUCACCAAGCAAGCGGCUGUCUAUUACUUCUCGAAUGUUCGCAGAUGACAGCCCAAGCUCUUAUACGUUAUGGACCACUAACGAUAAUACUGACACAACAAUUGAUUCAGUUGUCAGUUAUUUUCGAAUUGGUUGGAAGCGAGAGUGACAAAUUAAAGCAUGCAGUUUAUGGAGUGCCAUGGGAAUGCAUGGAUGUAAAGAACAGAAGGUUGGUGGUCAUCUUCCUCGCGAAUACUCAGGAACCAGUUCAUGUGAAGGCUAUGGGAGUAGCCAACGUUGGAGUUACUUCUAUGGCUGCAAUUUUGAAGACUUCUAUGUCCUACUUCACGUUUCUAAGGAGUAUGUAA